AGCACGAGGCGCGCGGGUCGCCAAGAAAGGCUCGUGCCAAAAUAUUGUGUUCGAUGUCCUUUGUCGAGCGACAGAGGUUUUUCUAAAUUUGGGUCCACACUUUUGCACCCUUAAGGGCGGCCAAGCGGAAUUGCACUGUCGCAGUUUGAUCAGCCGGGCGUCCGACGGUCGUUUCGGCCAGUGUCAAGUGCAAACUUUCGCUUUUCAGCUCGGCAAUUGAUCAUGUCCAGGUGCCAGCCAUGACGACCUACAAGACAAACUCGACUCAAUUUUAUUAACUACGAGGAUUGAUAAAUAAAUCUUAAAAUUUUCCUCUUCCAUCCGAACAGAAAAUAGCAAAUAUGGCAAAAGAUGACUGUGUGGACGACUUGCUGCCAGACAAAGAUGCUGCAAAGGAGUUUUAUGCAAAGUAUGAACCAAAGGAAAUCCUUGGCAGGGGCGUGAGUUCGACCGUCAGGAGGUGCAUCGAAAAAGAGACUGGCCGCGAAUAUGCAGCGAAAAUCAUCGACCUCAGUUCGGACGCUGAGAACUUGUCCAUGCACGAGUCGACCAUUCAGGAAAUCCACAUCCUGCGAAUAGUGGCCGGACACCCUUUCAUCAUUGAGCUCCACGACGUCUUUGAAUCAAACACAUUCAUCUUCCUUGUUUUCGAGCUGUGCAGAAAUGGCGAGCUCUUCGAUCACUUGACCAAUGUGGUCACUCUUUCCGAGAAGAAAACAAGAUACAUCAUGAAACAGGUUUUCGAGGCCAUCGAACACGUCCAUGACAAAGGCAUUGUUCACCGAGACAUCAAACCCGAAAACAUUCUCCUCGAUGAGAAUUUGAAUGUGAAGCUCACGGACUUUGGUUUCGCCAGAGUUUUGAAAGAUAAUGAAAAACUCUUUGAGUUGUGUGGGACGCCAGGCUACUUAGCCCCUGAAGUUUUAAAGUGCAACAUGUUCGAGGAUUAUACAGUCGGUUACGGUCAAGAGGUUGACGUAUGGGCUUGUGGAGUUGUGAUGUACACUUUGCUAGUGGGGUGCCCUCCUUUUUGGCACAGAAAGCAAAUGGUGAUGCUCCGGAAUAUAAUGGAAGGCAAAUACUCUCUCAGUACCCCGGAGUGGGAGGACAUAACAGAUGCGCCAAAAGACUUGAUUCGAAAGCUCCUCGUUGUUGAUCCGAGUAAAAGACUUACAAUUACAGAAGCCUUAGCACAUCCCUUUUUCCAAAUCAUGCAAUGGGACACAAACUUGUCUGAACUCAAAAAAUCAUUCAAUCAUGUGCCCACCAGUUUGAGUGAGAGGCAUUACCAAAGUAAGAAGUUUGAGGCCAAAAAGUUGUUCCAAUUUGGAAUUUUGUGUGUGAGAGCUGUGGUCCGCAUCAAAAGAUUAAAAUACACCCCGGAGCCUCUUUCAAUUUCUGUGGCACAGGACGACCCCUACAGAAUCAAAUCUCUCAGAAAGGUGAUUGACGCAUGUGCAUUCAGGGUUUACGGACAUUGGGUCAAGAAGGGCGAAGGUCAAAACCGAGCUGCGCUCUUUGAGAAUUUCCCGAAGAGAGAAGCCAAGCAACUUUAUCUCCAAGCAUUUUCGUAUGAAUCCAACAACCAAUGACUUGAUUAGUGGCCACAAACAAUUACUGCUGUGUGAAUGAUGCGAUAUCUUUUUUAGUGUCACAAUAUUUUAUUUUUUACUUUGUUUGGAUAGUUUCUUGAACCUUAUUGUUUUAAUUAUUAUUUAUAAUUUUGUUGAGCAACGCUUGUUGUUGUGAGUGUUUUUCAUUACCUUCUCCACAAUAACUAUAUCAGAAAGACUUCAUAGAUUUUUUUCACUAGCCCUUGUGAUGUCUUUAGAAGAAUUGGACAUGUGGAUUAUUUAUUUUGUAAGUUGUUGCAUUAUAGCCUUACUAAACAUAAAUAUUUCUGUGAAAUAGAUAAUAUAUGCAUUGUUUUUGUCAUGCUAUACUGUUGGCGUGUAAUUAUCACAAAUAUAUGAUGCUGUAAUCACUACACUUUGUAAAUUAAGCAGCACAACACAAAUGUUCUAUUUCAAAACAUGUGUGAAAUUUUUAGUAGAAUUUUUUUAGAAAGAAGUCUAUUGGGCGUCACAAUUGUUAUAAAAUUGUAACCAUCAAUUUACCGAUUCAACUUAUUGACUAAAAAGUUUUCUUCAUUUAAUAAAA